UUAUCAAUGACAAUUAUCCAUAGUGGAUAAAUUAGUGAUUUUUUCGAUAAAAAAAAUGUCUGAUCAAAAUGAUAAUUCAAAUGAUCAAAAACUUAUAUCAACAACAUCAUGUUCAUCAUUAUCACUUCCGGAUAGAAUAUUAUUAUCCAAUUCGAAUUUACAGAAUUCUGGAUUAAGAUCAUCAUGGUGUUCAACAUCAUCAUCAUCAUCAUCAACAAAAUCAUCACAGCCAGAAAUGGCUAAAAAAAUUAUUGAACCAUCCUCAUCAUCGACAUCCUCAUCAACAUCAUCAUCAUCGGCAAUGAAUGAAAAUUUCGAAAUUUUUAUUCAUCAAAUGAAUAAUGAUAAUAAUAAUUUUUGUAAUCAUCCCAGGAAUGAUUGUGUUAGUGGUGGUGGUUCGGCUAGUAUUGAUCGAAUCAAACAGAAUAAAUAUAUUGAAAUAAGUAGAAAUGUAUUACAAAUGCAUUCAUUGGUUGAUGAAAAAGUUAAAACAAUGAAUAAUUAUGAUAAUGAAUUUGGAAAACAACAACUUCAAAAUUCAUCUAUAUUUUCGCGAAUGAAGAAAAUUAUUUCAAUUGAAAAUUUCAAUUCGGAUUAUUGUCGUCGUUGUUCACCAAUCAAUUCAAUACGUUCACAUAUUCCUAUUGUAGAAUGGUUACCAAAAUAUCAAUGGCGUUCAUAUUUAUGUCCAGAUAUUAUUGCCGGUAUUACUAUAUCAAUAUUACAUAUACCACAAGGUAUUGCAUAUUCAAUGUUGGCCGGUUUACCACCUGUACAUGGAUUAUAUGUAUCAUUUUUUCCGGUUUUGAUUUAUGCAUUAUUAGGUACAUCACCACAUAUAUCGAUUGGUACAUUUGCUAUUGCUAGUAUUAUGUUGAAUAAUAUUGCUAUGAAAAUUGGAACAAAAUUUGAUAAUGAUAAUAAUAAUAUUUCGCCCAAAAAUGAUACAAUGAUGAUUACAAUGACCCCAACACAAUCUAGUUUAGCAACUGUCAAUACGCCAAUGAUGAUGAUGAUGAUGAACAACAACAAUAAUCAACCAACCACACUUGAAAUAUUAACCAGUGUCUGUAUACUUUGUGGUAUUAUUCAAAUAAUAAUGGCAUUAAUGCGUUUAGGAUCACUUUCAUUGAUUCUAUCUGAACAACUUGUAUCAGCAUUUUCAACUGCUGUUGCAUUUCAUGUUGCUACAUCACAAUUAUCAUCAAUUUUUGGUUAUAAUAAUUUAACAUUAGCUAAAAGUGGACCAUUAAAAUUAAUCAAGACCUGGAUAAUAUUGGCUAAACAUUAUGAUCAAAUCAAUUUAUACUGUUUAAUAUUUUCAAUAAUAUCCAUUACAAUAUUAAUCAUUUCAAAAGAGUUAUUGGAAUCUAGAUUGAAACAUUUCACCUCAUUUCCAUUACCGAUUGACCUUAUUUUAGUGAUAACAACGAUUUUGUUGUCAUGGUUGUUUCAAUUUAAUCAUCAAUUUGAUAUACAAGUUGUUAAAAACGUGCCUACUGGUCUACCAAAACCAACUGUACCACGAUUCGAUUUGAUAUCAAACAUAUUUUUCGAUUCAUUGAUUCUGAGUAUAAUUUGUUUUGCCGUUUCAUUAUCGUUGGCAAAAAUAUUUGCCAAAAAACAUGGCCAUCAUAUUCGUCCGAAUCAAGAAUUAUUUGCACUUGGUACGGCCAAUAUAUUUUCAUCAUUUUUCCUGGCCUAUCCAUGUUCGGCUGCUUUAUCUCGUUCAACAUUACAGGAAAAAAUUGGUGGCAAAACACAAAUUGCCGGUAUUAUAUCAUCAAUAAUCAUAUUAACAGUGUUGCUUUUUCUAGCACCAUUUCUAUAUCAUUUGCCUAAAUUUACAUUAUCAUGUAUCGUAUUGGUGGCAUUGAAAUCAAUGUUUCUACAGAUAAGUGAUGUAAAAAUUUUCUGGCUUAUUUCACGAUUAGAUGGGGCAGCAUGGAUAAUUACAUUUUUAUCGGUAAUUAUUCUUGAUAUUGAUUAUGGUCUAAUUAUUGGAAUUAUUUCAUCAAUAUUGGUUAUACUGAUCAAAUUAACAUUUCCUAGAAUAUCAAUACUUGGUCAUUUAGUAUCAACAGAAAUUUAUUUGGAAAAAGAUAGCUACAAUAAUUUAUUGGAAUAUCCAAGCGUAAAAAUCUAUCGUUUUUGUUCACCAUUAUUUUAUUUAAAUGUUGAUUCAUUUAAAGAAAAAAUUAUUGAUUCAUUAAUCAAUAACAAUGAUGAUGAUGAUGAUGAUUGUCAUGAUUUUAAAGCAUUGAUUCUGGAUUUUGGUGGUAUGCCAUUUAUCGAUAAAACUGGUAUCGAUAUGUUGAUCGAAGUGAUUAAAUCAUUACAAACCAAACAAAUUCAAACAUGUUUAGCAAAUUGUCCACAUCAUAUUAUUCAUACAUUAAAAACGGGCGAUUUUUUUACAAAAAUUCAAAAACAUUCAAAAUAUAGUUGUAAAUUAUAUCCAACCAUACAUGAUGCUGUGAUAAAUUAUUGGUGAAAAAAA